CCAGGUUAUGCAACCUCGUGACCUAUGAUUAUUAAAAAAUAAAUUUUAAUUUUUAUGCCGAACGCCGAGUCGCCGGACGCCGAAUGCCGAUAAUGCUUUUUUCUUUCUCAACUCCAACAUUUCGCCGAUUUUAAUAAAUAUUUUUAGUUUUAAUUUUUAGUUUUAAAUUCUUGCUAGUAUAUUGAUUUUUAGCUUCUUUCCUACUUGUUAACAUUUUAAUAAAGUAUCUUAAAACUACACUUUUCAUUACACCAUCAUCAUGAGUGAAACACCAAAUAUUCCCGACGACCAUCAAACAAACACCGAACUCAAUCAAACUAAAAAAAAGCGGAACAAGAAUCGUAAAAACAGUGUCAAGGUAGAACAAAGUGAUACAAAUGGAGCUGUCGAGGAAACUAAAAUGCCACCCACUAUUUCUGUUCAAGAUAUUCAAAAAGCAAUGGAAAUCUUCUCACUUCAACAAAGAGCAGCUAAAACUCCAGCAGAAGCUUUGCAUAAACAAUAUAAAUUUUGGUACACACAACCAGUACCUAAAAUGACUGAAACAAUACUUAAUGAUGGUCCAAUUGAAGAGGAUAAAACAAUAGAUCAGAUUAGAAAUGAACCGUUUACAUUGCCUGAGGAUUUUCAAUGGGAUACACUUAGUCUUGAUGAUCCUUUUGUUUUAAAAGAAUUGUACACAUUGUUAAAUGAAAACUAUGUUGAAGACGAAGAUAGCAUGUUUCGAUUUGAUUAUCAACCUCAUUUUUUAAAAUGGGCUCUUCAACCUCCUGGAUGGUUAAAAGAAUGGCAUGUUGGAGUGCGUGUCGUUAAAAGUAAUAAAUUAGUUGGUUUCAUUAGUGCCAUCCCAGCUUUGCUUAAAGUUUAUAACAAGUCUCAAAAAAUGGUGGAGAUUAAUUUCCUUUGCGUUCAUAAAAGAUUACGUAGUAAAAGAGUAGCUCCGGUUUUGAUUCGUGAAAUAACUAGACGAGUGAAUCAGACGGGUAUUUUUCAAGCCGUUUAUACAGCUGGAAUUGUGUUACCUAAACCCAUUGGAACCUGCAGAUAUUGGCAUCGUUCUUUAAAUCCAAAAAAGUUAAUAGAUGUUAAGUUUUCUCACUUAAGCCGCAAUAUGACUAUGCAACGGACAUUAAAGUUACAUAAACUUCCUGAUUCAAUUCGCACUCCUGGAUUUCGCAAACUCACUGAAAAAGAUUUGCCGCAAGCUCGAAAAUUACUUUCUAAUUAUAUGAAAACCUUUGAUUUGUCACCUAUGUUUUCUGAUGAGGAAUUCAAACAUUGGUUCCUGCCUCAGGAAGGAAUUAUUGAUGCCUAUGUUGUUGAAAACAAUAACAAAAUUACAGAUUUAGUUAGUUUUUAUACUCUUCCUUCGACUAUUAUGCAUCACCCGACUUAUCGUACAUUAAAGGCAGCAUACUCUUUUUAUAAUGUGUCCACUAAAACACCGUGGAUUGAACUUAUGCAAGACGCUCUUAUUUCAGCUAGAGAUGCUAAUUUUGAUGUGUUCAACGCUUUGGACCUAAUGGACAAUAAGGAAUUUUUAGAACCACUUAAAUUUGGAGUUGGAGAUGGAAACUUACAAUACUAUUUAUACAAUUGGAAAUGCCCUGAAAUUCAUAGUAGCAAGAUUGGAUUGAUCCUUCAAUAGUAAGAAGUGUCACUAAAUAAAAACAACAUUUAAUUAAUAAUUUGGACUUAUGCAACACGAACAUCACGAUAAAACAUAAUUAUCCACUGUACAAUAUUCACAGUGGCCAGGGAAGACUUUCAAAUUCCAGAUAACCUGUAUGAAGCAAUAAAACCCUAUGCAGGUACCAAAAAAAAAAAUUGAAUUGUACAACUUAAUAUUAUAAUGUAAAUAUCUAAUUUAUCUAAAUUACUUUUUAUGGUUUUAUCAUGUGCAUAAUUGAAAGGGUGAAAACAGUGUAUUAGAAUCAAAAGAUAAUAAUUCUACUUUGUUAAAAUUGUAAACAACACAUGCCUUUAGAACUAACUUAAAAUUUGACUGAUACAAGUUGAUAC